AUGGCCAUCGCGGCGGUGAGCGAGGCGGAAACCCGGCUGUGCGGGAACUGCAAAAGGGAUAUUCCUGUUGCUAAUUUCGUCAUGCAUGAGAUCCACUGUAGCAGAAACAUUGAAGUGUGUCGCUGCUGCGGUGAAUCGAUCCCAAAGUCUGAGAUGAAGAACCAUAUUGAGUCUGAACAUGUACAGGUUACCUGCAAGUGUCAGAUGAAGAUAGAAAAAAAUCUCUUGAAGGAUCAUGAGGUGUCAGCGUGCCCCCUGCGUCCUGCCCUCUGCCAGUACUGUGACAUCCAGCUCGCCUUCAACAAGCUCCAGGACCAUGAGGCGUACUGCGGAGCCAGGACUGAGAGAUGUGGUGGGUGCGGUCGUAACAUCAUGGUGAGAGAUCUGAAAGAGCAUCCUCCAGUCUGUGGGCAAGAGGUGAAACAAGCCAGAGGAAGCAGAGCAGUGCCUUGCUUUGAGGAUGAGGAUGCAGAUUUGCAUGCCCUUCGAGACAUCAGAAACCAACUCAGAUCAGAGGAUGAACUGGAGCAGUUGGAGAGACAUGAAAACACUCAUUCUUCACUUUACGAAGAGUGGAACCCCGAUUUCGACUACGUGUUGGCUCUUAGCCUACAAAAUGAGACUCAUCCUCACAAUAAUGCUGCAGCUGAAAUUCCCAGCGACUUCUGGGAAAACUAUUACACCAAAGAUUCUGCGCCAUCGGCCUGUCUCAAUGAACCAGACAAGUCCAACAUCUUCUCCUGUGACUCUUCAGUGUCUUUUAGCACGUCAAACCAGAAUAAAAACAAUGAGAUCAUCAUGUUGCCGUGUGAAUUUUGUGAGGAGCUCUUCCCGGAGGAAGAUCUGAUUCUUCACCAGACGGGGUGUAACCCAGCAAGUGCCUUUGCUUCGUUCAGUAAAAGAAGGUCUUCUCCAAAUCCACGAAUAUAUGAUGGUCUGCGAGAUGCUGGGUCCAAAGGCUGUAGGUCUCUCUCUUCAUCCCAGCUCCAAACUGUCUGGGCAGAAGAAAACAUUAUGAUUCCAUGUGAAUUUUGUGGCAUCCAACUAGAAGAGGAGACAGUCUUUCAUCAUCAGCACCAUUGUGACCUGCGCCCGGCCAGCCCAGCAGACAGCCUUCUGUGUCCGCAGCCGCCGGCUCCUCAAGCCACCAGAGAGAGAAGAGAAGCCCCAGAGGUGGUUUGGAGACGAAUCAGGCAUCAAGGAGAUGUUUCUCCUCACUGCACAGAAGGCUUUGGGCAGCAGAAGCUCAGCCAUCCUGCACGAGGGACCAAGUCACUGAGCAAUAUGGCAGACACCAGGAAUGCACCGUUGUCCUCUUCAGCGCGAGCUCGUGAUGCUCCCGACGCGAGAGGGAAGCCCAGGAAGGCGGCUGGCGGUGAGGGAAGACCAAAGAACAGAGGUGCCAGUGAAUCUGCAGGUGGGACAAGGCCACGUGUGAGACCUGCUCAGAACUUCCAUUCAGAAACCUUCACAUCCAGCUUCUCAAGAGCUUCUCCAGCCCAAACAAGUGCCAGCGUUGGAGGAGGAAGGAGCCUGGGGCUGUCGGAUGUUCCCGUCGGCUGCAGGCGCAGGAGCACAAAGGCAAAAGCCCAGAGCCCGGCGUGUGAUUAUCCUGAGGAGAAGUGA